AUGACUCAACACGUGUUGACAGUUAAAAUCCCUUUUCCGAACAAACCAGCUGCUGAUAUCGCUUACUGCACCUUGAUGGUAGACGAUGAACCUCAGCGGUCAACAACAAUUGUAAAUAUCUCAGUCGAUGGCAAUAUCUUGUGUGCACAAUUUUCCGCCGAUUUUUCAAAUGAACACAAAUUCGACGCCAUAUCACAGUUGAAAAAACUUCGCAUAUCAGUUAAUCAUUGGCUUGAUUCUCUGUCCUUGAUUUGUGAAACCAUGGCCGAGUUCGGAGAUCCUCCUGCGGAUAUGCCAGAGCCAACUCGUGCCAUUACAGGGAAUGCUCCUGCUCUUGAACGCCACAAAAAGGAGCAAAUUGAAAUGAAGUCCAAGGAGGAACGUGAAAAGCGUCGUCGGGCUGAACGCGCUGAAGAAGCUCUUCGCAAAAAUGCUGCGGCCGGUGAUGACAUUCAUAAGGGUGUUGUGAUAGAGGAAGUGAAAGAUGACGAUGAGGCGGAAGUGAAGGCUGCAGAAGACGUGAAACCGAAUGGGGAAGAAGGCAAGAAGGAGAAGCCCGACAUGAAACCGGUACGAGUGGGUCCUUUGGCUGAAGGCGAGGAGGAGGACGAAGAGGAUAAGAACAAGCUGAAGCCAAAUGACGGCAAUGGCGGUGAUCUAGCCAGGUACCGAUGGACACAGACUCUGCAGGAUGUUGAGAUUCGAGUCCCCACUAAGUUGGAUAGACGAAUCAAGAGUCGUGAUGUUGUGGUUGAUUUCAAGAAGAAGCACAUAAAAAUCGGUCUCAAGGGCCAAGAACCCAUUCUCGAGGGUCCUCUUUACAACGAAAUUAAGACUGAGGAGUCUUCGUGGACCCUGGAAGAUGGCCUUGAGAUUGUAAUCAACCUGGAGAAGAUCAAUAAAAUGGAAUGGUGGUCGUGCAUAGUGCAGGGCGAGCCCGAGAUCAACACGAAACGCGUCCAGCCCGAGAACUCCAAGCUCAGUGACCUUGACGGGGAGACGCGCAGCAUGGUUGAGAAGAUGAUGUACGACCAGCGGCAAAAGCAACUUGGCAAGCCGACUUCAGAUGAGCAAAAGAAACAGGAGAUGCUGAAGAAGUUUAUGGACGCUCACCCCGAAAUGGACUUUUCGAAGUGCAAGUUUGGAUGA